AUGACUUCAAAAGCUCAAUUCGAAGAAAUGCUCGCUAUGAUGAACAGGGAGCGUGAAAAGGAGAAUAAGAAGCUGUUUUACGCCGAAGACGAGAAGACAGAAACUGCCAUUAAGAACGAGUCUAUCAGACAUGCUAAAUUGCGUAUCAUUGAAGUCAAUAAGAUGCUAGGGGAGAAGCAGAUGCGUUUGAAUGUGAGGUAUGAGAGUAUCGAUCAUUUGGCGGAGUCUGGAUACUCCCCAGCAUACGGCGCUAGAGCUAUUUGGGAACUGUUAGAGACUAGUGGUUUGGGUCUCAACCUUCAAUCAGCAGACACGGUUAUUAUCUUCGACUCAGACUGGAAUCCACACGUUGAUCUUCAAGCUCAAGACCAUGCUCAUAGAUUUGGGCAGAAGAAGGAAGUUGGAAUAUUGAGAUUAAUCACUGAGCGUUCAGUCAAAAAUCAGAUUCUUGCACGUGCACAGUAUAAGUUGGAAAUAGACGGCAAGGUUAUCCAAGCAGCUGAAGAGCGUGAGGAUUUCCUGAGAUCUUUCCUCGAACAAGAAGCUGAAGAAGAGGAUGAAGCUGGUGUUAUGAAUGAUAAUGAAAUCAACGAGCAGCUCGCUAGAGGGGAAAGUGAAAUAGAUGUCUUCAAUAGAAUGGACAGGGAGAGAGCAGAGAAUGACAAGCUGUCCAAUCAAAUGAAGGGUUUACCUGUUGAUAAUUCUCAAAUCUUCCAAUGGGCUAGCGCAAGCGCAAUACCAUUCACUGAUGGUAAUCCAAAUGUCGAUGUUGAAGAGACUGAACCCACGAACAAGAAGAAGAAGGCCGGUGUUGAUGGGGAGACUAAGGAACGUCUGGAGAAGGUCCUUUUGCCAUUCUUCGAAGUGGUUUGGACGUUGACGAACGAGAAUGGUAGACCAAGGAGUGAUAUUUUCCGUGAAGUGCCAUCGAAGAAGCUGUACCCUGACUAUGCACUGCUGAUCAAGAACCCAGUGGCACUAAACACAAUCAAGCCCAAGAUCAAUAGGAAGUCAUACCAGAAUGCAAGGGAGUGUUUGAGUGACUUCCACUUGAUGUGUGCUAUUGCUAAUACAUACAACGAACCAGGAUCAUGGGUUGUAGAAAAUUCGGAUGCUUUGCAAGCGGGACUGGGUCAGGCGUGGAAUGAGAAGGCAGCACAGGUGUUGGGUGCUGCGGUGCAGAAUACAGUGCCAAUCCAACAGCAACAAGCAGCGCAGCCACAUCUUCAACCACAAGCUCAGAUGGAGACAAAACCACAACCACAGCCUCAGUAUAUGAUUGACGUGCGUCAUAGGCAGAAUCAGGGACGAGCGCCUAAUGCUGGUAUGCAGCAUGCACUGUGUCAGGCACCAACUGGAUAUGGAGGCGUUGAUCCAGGCACAUUUAUCGCAAAUCCUAGAGCAAUCAACAACAAGCGUUUCGUUAGCAGCAGAAACAGCAAGUAG